AAAUAACUAUAAAUAAUAUUAGCUUGCCUAUUAGUUGAUUGCAAAAGGGGAUUCUUUUACAGAGGGAAUUUGGGGGUUGGUCAAGGCUGCAUUUGAACCAUUCCACUUUUCAUCAAAGGCUACAUAAAUAAGAUCAAAGAAGCAUAAUCUGAAGCAUGCAUUGUAGUUUGAUUUAUGUUGCAAUAUUAUGAGAUCAUUUAUCAAAUGGUACACACAGUGUAGGCAACGUCACUAGUUCACUGUUCUACUGGUACCAUCAAUAAUUGUGGAAAUGGCUUCAUACUGGGUGAUUUUAGUCAUUGUUUUGGUCCAUGUCGUGCUGUAUGUAACGGACACAGUGCUCAAGUCCUGCCUGCACCUGCCGUACCUGAACCUGCUGGAGGCCUCCGGCGUCACGGUCCGUCCGCUGCAGCUCAAGUGGAGUACUCGCGCGCUGAACCGGCCGUUCCAGCGGUGGGGCGGCGGCGGCGGCCGGCUGGCGCGGCUCUGGUUCUCUGCCGGGGUGUGGGUCACCUGCGCGCUGCUGGUGCCCUCCGUGCUGCUGCUGCUGCACACGGUACACUCGCUGCUGAGACCGGCGGCCGCCGAGGGAGCGGCGGCCACCGCGGCGCCGCCCGCCUUCGUACUGGAGCCCGUGCUGCCGGGCGUGAACCUGCCGGCCGAGGACGUGCCCUACUAUGUCAUCACCCUGCUGGUGUGCAGCGUCUACCACGAGUGCGGACACGCCGUGGCCGCCGUCCGUGAGCAGGUGCGUGUGUUCGGCUCCGGCCUGCUGCUGGUGCUCGUGCUGCCGGCCGCGUUCGUGGACGUCUGCUCGGAGGCGCUCUCCGCGCUGCCGCCGCUCCGCCGACUGCGCGUGCUCUGCGCCGGCGUCUGGCACAACGUGGUGCUGUGCGCGGCGGCGGCCGCCCUGCUGGCCGCUCUGCCGCUGCUCACCGCGCCCCUGUACAGGGUGGGGCAGGGCGCUGUGGUCUACAGCGUCUAUCAGGACUCUCCGCUGCACGGCGCCACCGGUCUGUCGGCCGGCGACCUGGUGACGGCCGUGAACGAGUGCCCGGUCCGCUCGCGGCGCGACUGGCUCUCCUGUCUGGCGCGCGCAGCCUCCGAGCCGCAGACGGGCUACUGCGUCUCCACCGACCUAAGCGCCACCUACGACGAGACCAUACACCACCCGUACGCGCGGGACGACACGGGCCUGGUGGAGUGCUGCGACGCCUCCAACAGCAGCUCGCACCUGUGUUUCGAGUUUGUCGGCGACGACGGCACGCCCGACUGGACGGCGCCGCCGGUCUCGUGUCUGCCGGCGCGCGCCGUGCUCGACUCCGGCCCGGCGCGCUGCCAGACCACGGCCUCGUGCGGCGAGCCGGCGCGCUGUUUCCGUCCGGCGCUGGAGCCGGCCGUACGGCUGCUCUCGCUGCGGCGGCGCGCCGGACCGGCCGUGCUGUUCCUGGGCGCGCCGGGCACGGUGUUCGCGGAUGCGGCGGUGUCUGACCACGAGCCGCGCUGGUGGCCGCUGCCGGCCGCCGCGCCGCGCCGCCUCCAGACGCUGGCGCACUACGUGCUCUCCUUCUCCGCGGCGCUGGCCGUGCUGAACGUGGUGCCCUGCUUCGCGCUGGACGGCCAGUGGAUCUGGGCGGCGCUGCUGGAGGCCGCGCUCGGCGGCCGCGUCUCCCGCCGGAGGAGAGCCACCAUCGAGCGCGUCGGGGUGCUGGCCGGCUCGGCGCUGCUGGCCGCCAACGUGGUGCUCGGGCUGCGCAGCGUCUUCAGGGCGGCCUGAGCUCAGCGGAACCACGAGUCCUUGUGGUGCUUUCUGAGAAGAACUCGUUGAAGCGUUGUUACAGUUAUACUCUGGGUGCUUCCUCGUCGCAAUAAGUGAUGGCAGGGCAAACUAUGCACUGUCAUUUCGCCAGGCACCAAUCGGGUGGCAAAGCUGAUUAUGCUUCAAUGAUGCACUGUGGCCCUUCGGCAUUUAUACUCAUAACGCACUUUAUGGGCGUGAUUCCCUGCUUCCUCCUGUCAAUUAUCAUAACCUCUGCUGUGAUGGGUGAUAUAGAAGUGAUCUCAUAUUUGAAAUAGGGCGCUUGUCAAUGCACUUUCGUUGAUUGGAAUGCUUCAGGCAGCUGUUGGCUAAUGUCCAGUCCCGCUUCUAAUGUCGAGGGCAGGCGCUUGGAGAUCGCUAUUUGUUAGAUAGCCUUCUAGCCGCUGUUAGGAUUGCCAGUUCAUUCCGACUGCCGAUCGGUGACCCGUCAUAGUCCCGUACCGACACCACCGGUUAUGCCAGUGCACUCUGUCAAACAUGACACUCGGCUCCGCGAGCCGACGUUUUAGCUCUUCAACUGGGAGUCCCCGCGGGUAAUGUGCAUUGUGCAUGCGCUGGCAUGUACGGUUGUUAGUGCGUAGUGUGCAGUGUGCGUACAGUGGAUGAUAUCCGUGCAUUGUUACAUAAAGCACAAAUAUAAUAUUUGUGAAUGUAUAUUUUUGA